AUGGUAAAUGUAAACUCUCAUAAGACUUGCUCAAAAAAAAAAGAGUCUGCUGCUUUUAUCAAAGGUUUUGUUGCCUUUGUUGAAAAUUCUAGUGGCUCUGUUAUCUUUGCUGGAGAUUCUAUAUCCUUUGCAAAGGAUUCUAAUACUACAUUUGCUGAAGGUUCAGUUGUUUUUGAGAAUGAUUCUAAUACCAAAGGUUCUAUUGUUCUUGUUAGAGAAUUCGAUACUUCUAGAAAAGAAAUUGAAAAUGAAGUACAAAUUAAUGUUGGUGAUACUUUUCUUCAUGGGAUGAGGUAG